AUGUCUUUGGUAACUCCUCUUUGCUUUAGUGCAAUACAACCAAACCUGUAUAGGGGUUCAUACCCUAGAGAAAUAAAUUUACCAUUCCUAGAAACACUGAGGUUGAAAUACAUUGUCUCACUCACCCCAGAACCUUUAACCAACGACAAUGUCAUGGCUUCUUUUUGCACUGAUAAAGAGAUCCAAACUCUCCAUAUAGAGUGCAGUAAUGAAAAGAAGUCUAAAACAAAGGUCAAGAGAAAAAAAAAGCAAGUUCCCAUCGAGUAUGAUGUUGUUGUUCAAUGUGUACAAUUUUUGAUUGACAAAAGACAUUAUCCUUGCUAUAUUCACUGCACUAAUGGAGAAUUAGUCACAUCUUUAGUCGUGGCAUGUUUACGGAAACUUUCUUAUUGGAGUACGGUGUCUAUAUUCAAUGAGUACUUGACGUAUACCUCAAGUAUCAACAUUCAUGAACGUUCCUUCAUCGAGAAUUUCAAUCUGGAAAUUGAAAUUAAUGAUCUGGAUAUGAAGGAUAAAGUGCCUUGGAUAAUCACCAGAGCCGGAGAUGCCACAAAAAUUGAUGAUCGCGAAGGUCUUAAAGAGUUGGCAGUGUGCCCUUGCUUCCGCGACUUAAGUUUCACCUUGCUAAGAAAUUGGAACAGGGUGCAUGAUGCAUUUAAGUAUCCGGAGGAGUUUCAAAUCAAGUUCUGCCGACUUUCUCAUCGUUCUUCCUGUGCAAUGUUUUACAUUCUAACGAAUUUUGGAUGA